GGCAGUAAAAUGGCGGCGACAAUCACACUCGUCACACGACGCGUUGUUCGAGGAGUGGUCUAUCUUGUUCCGCUGUAGGAUCUUUGGUCAAACUUGUUCCUCUCGGACGAGAAGACGGGCGGUGUGUGGCGGGCAGGGUAGAGCAGGCAGAGACGGAUUGAAGAUGGCGCAGCAUGAAAACCUGUCUGUGGUGCUCUAUGAAAAGAAUGAUCUGAGACUGGAAAAUCGACCAAUUCUAGAACCAGGUCCUAACGACGUCUUGCUGAAAAUGCAUUCAGUCGGGAUCUGUGGCUCUGAUGUCCAUUUUUGGCAAAAUGGAGGAAUUGGAGAUUUUAUUCUGAGAAAACCAAUGGUCCUGGGACAUGAAGCCUCAGGAACUGUGUUUAAAGUGGGAUCUGGAGUCCAACAUCUUAAACCAGGUGACAGAGUUGCAAUUGAACCGGGGGUCCCAAGGGAAAAUGAUGAGUAUUGCAGAAUUGGACGGUACAACCUCUCCCCGUCAGUUUUUUUCUCUGCAACUCCUCCUGAUGAUGGGCAACUUUGCCGAUACAACUUGCACAAUGCCAACUAUUGCUACAAGCUCCCUGAAUCUGUGAGCUUUGAAGAAGGUGCCUUAGUUGAACCUCUUUCCGUUGCUAUUCAUACCUGCCGCAGAGGAGGAGUAACAAUUGGCAGCAAAGUUUUUAUAUUAGGAGCAGGAACAAUUGGACUUGUGAAUCUCCUUGUUUGCAAGGCCAUGGGAGCAUCUCAGAUUUUGAUCUGUGAUCUGUCACCAAACCGACUGAAAAAGGCAAAGCAGAUGGGAGCUAAUUUCACCAUUGCCGUAGAGAAAAACACAAGUGCCAAGGAUCUGAGCCAAAAAGUGAAGGAAGCCCUUGGUGGAGCAAUGCCUGAUAUAUCUAUUGAGUGCACUGGGGCGGAAAUAUGUAUGCAAGCGGGUAUUCAUGCAACAAAGUCUGGCGGCGUUUUGGUUCUGGUUGGUUUGGGCAAACCUUUUGCAAAUAUUCCAAUAUUAGAAGUGGGAAUUCGUGAGAUAGAUAUCCGUGGGGUAUUCAGAUAUUGCAACACGUGGCCUGUGGCAAUUGAUAUGUUGGCUUCAAAGAAAAUUGAUGUGAAGUCUCUGGUCACACAUCGCUUUCCCUUGGAAGAAGCUAUCAAAGCUUUUGAAACCACAAAGGAAGGUGUGGGGAUCAAGAUUAUGCUGAAAUGCGAUUCCAGCGACCAGAAUCCCUGAAAACCUUUUUGUGUAUUUGCUUACAGUUAUCACUACUUGGCAGUCAAUGACCGAUUUGAGAUUGGGAGAGGUAUUUACAAAGGUGAUUUCGCAGAUAAUUGGGCACGUAAUGUACAAAAAUGACCCUAUUAGUUAUACAUUAAUGGCUACUUUUAUUUUAAAUCGCAUCAAUUACAUGCAAAGGAAAAUCAGGGAUUAGUUUAGAUGCCAUAGCACCCAUUAAAUAAUGUUCUAAACUCCUCUUCCCGAAGUCAAGAAUGAUCUCAUUGCUUGACGUUUCUGGCUAAUAUCUUUGCAGGAAAUCUAUAGCUGGGGCAGAUAUCGAUAGAUUGGGAGAAUGGAUUGAUUGGAUUCCCGUGUCCUUCUGUGUUGGCACUUUGCCUCCGCCUGGUUCCAUUGAAGAGAUAUAAAGUGCUUGGUGUCUUCCUGUAUGACUCUCCAUCAUUUUGGGAGGCCUCUGGCCAAAGAUUCCCAUGAAUGUGUGAGGCUGUUUAAAUUUUUUUCCAGCAAGCACUGACAACAUCCUUGAAACAUUUUCUCAGUUGUGAUGGAGAAGGGGGUAGAGUGCUUGUUUUGGGUAUCUGGUGUUGGGCAUUACUUUUGAUGUGUCCCUCUCACUGGAGCUGGUUGAACAUGAUCGGAAACGUAAUGCUGGAGAUGUUGGCUUGACGGAAUCCAUUGAUAAUGGAUUUAAAGAUUUGUGGAGGCAGCAUUGUGUGGUACUUUGAAUUGCUUGCUGCAGUUUGUCUAUGUCUCCAAACUAAAUAGGAGUGUAGGGAGGAGCAAUGUUUUCAGUAGACCGUAACAUUGAGACCAAGUCAAGUUAAGUCAAGUUUAUUUGUCACAUACACAUACGAGAUGUGCAGUGAAAUGAAAGUGGCAAUGCUCGCGGAACAACAAAACAACCAAACAAAUUAUAAACACAACCAUAACACACAUAUUAUUUUACAUAAUAAAUAAUAGAAGGAAAAACGUUCUGUAGAGUUAGUCCCUGGUGAGAAAGGCGUUUACAGUCCGAAUUGCCUCUGGGAAGAAACUCCUUCUCAACCUCUCCGUUCUCACUGCAUGGCAACGGAGGCGUUUGCCUGACCGUAGCGGCUGGAACAGUCCGUUGCAGGGGUGGAAGAGGUCUCUCAUGAUUUUGUUUGCUCUGGAGUUGCACCUCCUGUUGUAUAGUUCCUGCAGGGGGGUGAGUGAAGUUCCCAUAGUGCGUUCGGGCGAACGCACUACUCUCUGCAGAGCCUUCUUGUCCUUGGCAGAGCAAUUCCCGACCAGGUUCAAUGUCUUGAUUGUCAAACACCCUGCACUGAAUAGCAACCAAAUGCACCCAUUCUAUAACGAAUGACAGUUUAGAUCAGCGGUUCCCAACCUUUUUUUGGCCAUGCCCCACCUAAUCACCUCUAAAAUCCUGAUGCCCCCCCCCCAUGUGGUGAUAUAUAAUUCUUAUCAUUUAAAAAGUGAACUCCGUUUCAGCUGAAGAAGCUUAAAACGCCAAUACCUUGGUUUAAACAAGCUUCAAAAGAACAUGGCAUCCAUGAAAAAGAAAAAUGAAAUCAACAAAAGACAGUUAAAGUUCUGAGCAAGAAAUUACUAAAAAAUUGUUUUAAAAAAUCAAACAAAAAUUUGGACCCAGACCUCCUCAGUCGCGCUCAAUUGCCCCCCUUAAAAAUCAAAUUGCCCCCCUGUGGGGCGUACGCCCCACGUUGGGAACCACUGGUUUAGAUUGAGAUAAAGGGUAGCUACUUAUAGUGGGGUCCAGGUGUCACUGCAAAUUAUGUCAAUGGAGUUAAUUGCUUAUAUAGACCAAGUAACCAACUGCACAACUUGAACUUUGCUUUUAGCUUUUUUCUAGAUCAUGUACUAUUCAGGCUCCUGAGUGCAAAUUUUAAUAAUUUUAAUGUAGCAUGAUGUGGGAAUUCUUACUGUCCAUAAUAACCCUCGUUAUUAUGGACCUCGUUAUAACCAAUAUUGGUUAUAGCACAUGGAGUGUCCCCACAGCAAUCAAACACCACUGUCUCCUGAAGAACACAAGCUGCUGUGGAAGAUCAUGGAAAUUGACAAGCAAUCGAUCUUCGAUCAAUUCUUGUGCAGUGAUACUCUAUUGAACAACGUAACUAACAGCUUUUUGGCACACAAAAAAGCUGGAGAAACUCAGCGGGUGCAGCAGCAUCUAUGGAGCGAAGGAAAUGGGCACAGUUUCGGGCCGAAACCCUUCCUCAGCAUCUGCAGUUCCUUCUUGAACAGCUUUUUUGGCACUUUAGCUUUCAGCAACCAAAAUACGUUUUUUGCUGGUCAAAAGAACUUUUGUUUUUGAAAACAACUUGUUGUUUCAUGGAGUGAACUGUAGCUGGUUGGAGUGAAUUCCUUACUCGAUUAUAGUGGGCAAUCUGCAAUAAGGGACACCAUGGUCUGUUAUAACGAGGGGUAUGUGUAUUGCAAUUAUGAUAUUAUGAGGGGAGAAUCAGUUUGGUCAAACAAUGGAAUUGAUGUUUCAGCUUCUAUGAUAUAAUAAUUGUAAAAUAUUGUCUCAUAAUUAAUUUGAAGAUAAAGUAAGGAAAUAAAGAUAGUUUGUAAAGAUAAAUAACCUGGACUUUUAUGUCAAUGCCUUUAGUUCUCAAUCACAACACAUCUCUUCUGUAUAUAAACUUUCAUAAACUAUAGCACACUCCUUCGUCUCCUGCAUAAAACUCCAUAAAUUUUGGAAAGAAAUCUUUGAAAUCUUGACAAAACUAUUUAAAAUUAAAUUGGACCCCAGCAUGGAAUUGAUUAUUUUCGGAACAACGGAAGCCUGCUCCGAGCUAACUUCGUUUCAAAGACGUUUCCUUAGCUAUGGCUUGAUCAUGGCAAAAAAAAUGUAUACUCAAAUUUUGGAAACAUGCACCCACCCCAAACGCUUAAAAUGUGGAUCACAAGCAUGUCUGAGAUGCUACAUCUUGAAGAUAUGAGAUUGGUCCUAGCAGGAAAAUCAGAGCAAUUCUUAAAGAUAUGGUCUCCUUUCAUCGAUUUAUUACAAGCAUAAUAUGGUGCACCACAACUCUAGAAGUUAACCGUUUCUGAACUGGGUGAGGGGUGUGGAAAGAUAUGAAGUAGGUAUAUCCCAUUUCUGUUUUUUCUUUUUUCCUUUUUUUUUGUUUUU